AUGCGACUGAAUUCGUCAGCUGCAGCUGCAGCUAAGCCUGCAUUCUCAGCAGUGCAACCAAUCACCAAUUUCGAGGAAACGAUAGCCAACAGACCCGACUUUGAUCACUCUGGCAAACCUAUCGAGAUAACAAAGUCCCCAGAUCCAUCCUGGUCUUAUGGAGAUGGUGUCCGCACUGGUCAGUCCCCCACUGACAAGAUCCACCGAGAGAUCGACCCGUAUUCGCCUGACAGAUCCGUCGGGCAGAACUACCGACUUUUAAUUUCUGGUAUUGCCCCUCGACCUGUUGGUUUCAUCAGUACUAUUUCCGGCGAUGGGGAGACCAAGAACUUGGCGCCUUUUAGCUAUUUCCAAGUGAUUGAUCACGACCCGCCUAUGUUCAUCGUUAGCUUCUCAUCUCGCUUUGGGUCGGCUAAAGAUACGUAUCAGAAUCUGAAUGAUACUGGAGAAUGUGUGAUCAACACUGUUUCUGAGAAUAUGAUAGAAGCAGUCAAUGCGUCGUCAAUCGACGCUCCGUAUGGUGUUUCUGAGUGGGACAUUACCGGUCUCACCGAGGCACAAACUACGACUGUCAAACCUCCCCGCGUUAAAGAGUCGGUGCUUUCUAUUGAAGGGCAGGUCGUGGAGAUCAAAGAGUUCGAGAGUCAUAAACCCGGAAUGAGUAACUAUGGAAUGGUUCUCAUCAAGGCGACUCGGUUCUGGGUACAAGAAGAUGCUGCCAACGAAGACUUCAGUCACAUUGAGCUUGACAAACUACGGCCUAUCGGUCAAUUGGGCGGUAUGUCGUAUGGGCGGAUAACUUCAACUUUCGAGCUUCCUAGAACGAGAUGGGCCGAUGAGCAACCCAAGAGUGAACUGUUGACCAAGUUGGAGAAAGAAAAGGCGUCAUAG